ACUGGUCAAAAUAAUGGAUUUUACAGAGGCUUACUCAGACACAUGCUCUACGGUUGGACUUGCUGCCAGGGAAGGCAAUGUUAAAGUCUUAAGGAAACUGCUCAAAAAGGGCCGAAGUGUCGAUGUUGCUGAUAACAGGGGAUGGAUGCCAAUUCAUGAAGCAGCUUAUCACAACUCUGUAGAAUGUUUGCAGAUGUUAAUUCAUGCAGAUUCAUCUGAAAACUACAUUAAGACAAAGACUUUUGAAGGUUUCUGUGCAUUACAUCUUGCUGCGAGUCAAGGACACUGGAAAAUUGUACAGAUUCUUUUAGAAACUGGGGCAGAUCCUAAUGCAACUACUUUAGAAGAAACCACACCAUUGUUUUUAGCUGUUGAAAAUGGACAGAUAGAUGUGCUAAGGCUGUUGCUUCGACACGGAGCAAAUGUUAAUGGAUCCCAUUCUAUGUGUGGAUGGAACUCCUUGCACCAGGCUUCUUUUCAGGAAAAUGCUGAGAUCAUAAAAUUGCUUCUUAAAAAAGGAGCAAACAAGGAAUGCCAGGAUGACUUUGGAAUCACACCUUUAUUUGUGGCUGCCCAGUAUGGCAAGCUAGAAAGCUUGAGCAUACUUAUUUCAUGGGGUGCAAAUGUCAAUUGUCAAGCCCUGGACAAAGCUACUCCCUUGUUCAUUGCUGCUCAAGAGGGUCACACAAAAUGCGUGGAGCUUUUGCUGUCCAGUGGGGCAGAUCCUGAUCUUUACUGUAAUGAGGACAAUUGGCAGUUACCUAUUCAUGCAGCUGCGCAAAUGGGUCAUACAAAGUAA